GCGGAAAAUCUAACGUUUCCCUAGCAGGGACCCAGCCAAUCAGCUUUCGCUACAGCCACAGCUGGCGGGUGACCCUAUGACGUAUGGGGUCCGCUAAGGACGCAGUGACUAAGCCUUGCGACUCUCCGCCUGCCUAAUCAAGCAAGUAUCGUGCCGUGGCCCUACGCCAGCAUGACUCCGGCCACUCCCUUUCUGCCCCCUCUCCAAAGCAAGUCGCACGGCCGCCUCUCCAUAUUUAAGAAGUCCGUCGCUGCUCUCCCGUCCGUCUCUCCUGAUUCUUUUCUCUUCCUCUCUAUUUUCGCUUGGCGCACUGUCUUUCGUCUCAAAUCCUCCUUAUUCUACUCAUUAACAUAACAAAUCUUCUUGAUUCCCAUCUGAUCUCUUACCUUCAUCGCCAAAAUGCCUUUCACUGCUUCAGACAUCUGCAAGAUCAUCUUGGCCUUCAUCCUGCCCCCUCUGGGUGUCUUCCUGGAGCGCGGAUGCGGCGCGGACUUCCUGAUCAACAUCUGCUUGACCAUCCUGGGUUGGAUUCCUGGUAUCAUCCACGCGAUUUAUAUCAUCUUUAAAUACUAGAGAAUGCCUAGCCCUCCCCGCCGCCUCGUGUGAUUCCGUUCGGCGCAACCACGAUAUCACCGAUCGGAUCUCACAAACCAUCUACUCCCUACCGUCUAAUACUUCUCUCAUAUGGUGGGAAUGGUGUUGUCAACGAGGUUCCGAGAAGAUCCGGCCGAGAUCGUAGCAGCCUAAUAUGCGGCCCCCACUUACUUCGAAGCCCGAUCUAAACGGCGGCGGAAUCUUCUUAUUUCCUUUCUACUGGUUUAUGAUUUGGCUCGGAUUUUUUUUUUCAUGUCUUAGGAUUUUCUGCUUUUUGUUUUUCUUGUUACGGAUGAUACCAGCCCGUUUGUUGCGAUACUGGGCCUUUUAUUCCCCUGUUUAUCGUUGUCAA